AUGUGUCAAAGUAAGUGUGAUCACUCUGUGCUCUAUCAGAGAACAGACACUGGCAUGAUUCUAUUGGUUGUGUAUGUAGAUGACAUUGUGAUUAUAGGGAGUAAUAUGUCAAGGAUCUCAUCACUUAAGUCCUUUCUUAAUUCUCACUUCCAAACAAAAGAUCUUGGCCCGUUAAAGUAUUUUCUUGGAAUUGAGGUCUUGAGAAGUAAGAAAGGAAUCUUAUUGACUCGGAGGAAGUAUGUUCUUAACCUGUUGAAGGAAACUAGAAAGUUAGGGGCUACGCCAAACAGUUUUCCUAUGAUUUAUAAUCCACUACUUGAUGCUGAUGGAAGCAUACCAUUUAAGAAUCUCGUUGAUGCUGCUAAGAGCAAGCCGUUUGAGAAUCCAAAGAGGUAUCGAAGAUUGAUUGGAAAAUUGAAUUAUCUUAUUGUGACCCGUCCUGAUAUCACCUAUCCAGUCAGUGUACCUAGCCAAUUUAUGGUCUUGCCUACUAUCAGACAGUGGGAAGCUUUAGAGCAUGUGCUUUAUUACUUGAAGGGGUCUCCAGGUUGUGAGAUAUUAUACAAAAAUCAUAAUCAUACAGAUAUUGAAUCCUUUUGUAAUGUUGAUCAUGGUGGUUCAAAGGCCACAAGAAAAUCCACUACAGGAUAUUACGUCUUUGUGGGAGGAAAUUUGAUAUCUUGGAGGAGCAAGAAAUAA